AGGAAACUUCUGCAAUUUUUUACUACGCGCAAUUUGGCAACUGCUCUCCCAACUACUAUAUAUCUUAAAUGUGCAUAUAUAAAUUGCCCUCAUGCUUUCAUGCACAUUUAUUUAUUUGUGGCAUUUGAUUAAAGUUCAGAGCUUCUACUUCUGAAUUAAUACUGCAGAAAUCCACAGCUGUGUAUUAAUAUACGAUCGAGAAAUGUCGAUCACCGGAGGCCUUCUAGGUUCUUGGAAAGGCUGGCUGCUGGGGGUGGUGGUCACAGUUGUUAUACCCUUGAUGACUAACAAGUGGGGGACUUUCUCAAAAUGGACAAAAAAGAUUGAGGGGGCCGUACAGAGGGUGGAAGAUAUCGUGGAGGCGGUGGAAGAAGCGGCAGAGAGGGUGGAGAAGAUUGCAGAAGACAUAAUGGAUGACUUGCCGGAUGGAAAACUCAAGGCUGCACUUGGUUUGUUUGAACAUGUAGCUGAAGUAAUAGCCAAGGAUGCCAAACAGCUUGACAAUGUCAUUGACAAGUUUCAGGAAGAAGAAGAUAAGUUGCAGGCUUAUAUUGAAGAACAACGCAAUGCGUCUGCUAGAAAGGAUAAAGACAUAUAGCAAAAUUUCUGAACUCAUUUGUAAAUAUAUGCGUAUUUGUAAAAAUUUUGUUGAUAGUCAUCUGGAGUUUGAUUUUGUUUUUUUA